AUGGCUGGGGCGCUCCGGCUGCUGUGCCUGUGGCUAGGCUGCUUCUGCGUGAGCCUGGCGCGGGGAGAGGCACUGACGCGCAGUGUCCCGGAGCCGCACAGGGCUGUUCCAGGAGACCGCACGGCAGGUGGUGGCCCCGGCCCCGUGCUGCAGCCACACGACAAGGUGUCGGAGCACAUGCUGCGGCUCUAUGACAGGUACAGCGGCGGCGGCAGGGCCGAGGCGGAACCGGCGCAGCGGUCCUCGGAGCAGGGCUCUCAGCCCCUGCGCCCCCCACCCCUGCGCGAAGGCAACACGGUUCGCAGCUUUCGAGCCGGAGCAUCAGGAACCCUUGGAAGCAAAGGACUACACAUCUUUAACCUGACUUCUCUAACCAAGUCUGAAAACAUUUUAUCUGCCACACUGUAUUUCUAUAUUGGAGAGCUAAUAAACAUCAGCCUGAGUUGUCCAGCAUCCCGAGGAUGCUCACCUCAUGCUCAGAGGAAACACGUUCUGAUUGAUCUCUCUGCGUGGAUCCUCAAAUCUGACAGAAACCAAAGUCAACACCUCGGUCACCUUUCAGUAGAUGUAGCCAAAUCUCAUCGAGACCUUGGGUCCUGGCUGUCUAAAGACAUCACUCAGCUCUUGAGAAGGGCCAAGGAAAAUGAAGAGUUCCUCAUAGGAUUUAACAUUACCUCCAAAGGACACCAGCUGCCAAAGAAGAUGUUGCCCUUCCCCGAGCCUUAUAUCUUGGUGUAUGCCAACGAUGCUGCCAUUUCUGAGCCGGAGAGUGUGGUAUCAAGCUUGCAGAGGCACCGGAAUUUCCCCAUUGGAGCUGUGCCUAGACCGGACGGCCAUAUCAAGGCUGCCCUUUCUACCGAACGGAGAAGGAAGCGCUCGGCUGGGGUCCUGCUGCCUCUGCAGAACAACGAGCUUCCUGGGGCAGAAUAUCAGUAUAGGGAGGAUGGGGUAUGGGAGGAGAGAAAGCCUUACAAGACCCUUCAGACUCAGGCCCCAGAGAAGACUAAAAACAAAAAGAAACAGAGAAAGGGACCCCCCCAGAAGAGCCAGACUCUCCAGUUUGAUGAGCAGACCCUGAAGAAGGCCAGAAGAAAGCAAUGGAUUGAACCGCGCAAUUGUGCCAGGCGGUACCUUAAAGUGGACUUUGCGGAUAUUGGCUGGAGUGAAUGGAUCAUCUCCCCCAAAUCCUUCGAUGCCUAUUAUUGCUCCGGAGCAUGCCAGUUCCCCAUGCCAAAGUCUUUGAAGCCAUCAAACCAUGCUACCAUCCAGAGUAUAGUGAGAGCUGUGGGCGUCGUUCCUGGAAUCCCUGAGCCUUGCUGUGUGCCAGAAAAGAUGUCCUCACUCAGUAUCUUAUUCUUUGAUGAGAAUAAGAACGUGGUACUUAAAGUGUAUCCUAAUAUGACAGUAGAGUCUUGUGCUUGCAGAUAA